GAUAAAAACCGGAGAUGCUGCCGAGUAUUCUGGCAAAAUAUAUUUUCUCUUGUGAUACCGAAACAUGUUAAAGAUGGAAUGUAUGUGGUAUUUGUUUUCAGUGCUGACACUGAUAACCAACUGUCAUGGAAUAUUGUCUCCAGAAGAAUUCAUGAAAACUGCCUUCACUAUUAAAUCUACUGAAGAGUUUUUCGACAAGUAUGUCAGGUGGAACGGAACGCGAAUCAACAUUACCCAUCUACAGGGCGAAUCAGGAGAGUCCGGCGAGAAGAUGUUAGUCGGUGGGGAGGAAAUCAUGAUGGCCGAGUAUGACCCUUGUACUCCUCGCCCUGCAACACAGCUUUUCGGGGGAGAAAAUCCUGACCCAUACGUCAUGUACUGGCCACCGUGUACCCGGACGAAAAAGUGCGGAGGCUGCUGCACCAACAGCAUGAUGACUUGUGUGCCCACAAGGAUAUCCACCACACCUGUACAGACGGCGAAGACUCGUCUUCCGAGUCCAGGAUCACCUUUUUUCGAAUUCAUUGGCAUGGAUACCGAGUUGGUGGAGGAGCAUCUUGCGUGUGAGCCUCGGUGUACCGUUCAACCAAGUGACUGUAAUAUGUUGCAGGAGUUCUCCGAGCUCGACUGUAAAUGUGUAUGUCUAAACUAUCAGAGCUGUGAAUCCAGAGAUCAUUACUAUGACGACACACGCUGCCAAUGUCGCUGUAUAAGCCGAAUGGACUGUGUCGGUGCGCACACCAUCUUCGAUGAACGUGCCUGCAGGUGUCGCAUGAUGACGAUACACGAAAUCAAUGAGGUACUUCUGGCUGGAGGUUUGACGUUUGAGGAGAUACAAGCAAUGAAUCGAGUCGCGAGUACCUCGAUCACUGAUCCAACCACGACCACUCCUCAACCUACCACGACGGAAGCGACUACCACUACCACCACUAGCCAACCAUCUACUACUACCACGACUGAAGCAACCACCACCACCACGACACAAACUACAACCGCAAAUCCAACGACCACAACGCCCACUACCACCACUAGACCCCUCAGUCCUGAGGAAAUCUGCGAACGAAAGCCAUGUCAAGCGAAUCAAUCACCAGUGUUGCUAUCGAAUGGAAUAUGUCACUGUAUGCUGAAUUUUAAUUCCUUCAGUUUGCACAACUUAGUUGGACUAAGGUACCGCAGGGAGUUAGUCCGAAGAUGGAAGGCUGGUCGACCAUACCAUUAGUUUCUGCCUUCUAGAACGUGAGAGUUGUUGCAGUGCUCAAGGACCUGUGCGUAUACAUUCCGUAGAUUUAAUAUUGGAAUACGACAGAACUUUCAAGAGAAAUGUGUUGAUAAUGUUGACUGAGGCUGUGCUUUCCUAUUGAUUAACCGUACAAAAUAUACCUUCACUGUCCCUAUAGUAAGGUGACGGCCUCUUCCUCCUUUAUCGGGGUUCCAAAGUAUUUAUAAUUAUUGUCUGUAAAUUUGUGUUUUAAUAAAAUAUGUAUUAUUGUA